AACCGCCCAAACAACCCAACCAAAUGGUCUCUUCCCCCUCCGACCUCGAACAAGAGGUGCUAGGCACUUGGGCCCUGCUCGAAUAUUCCUCCGAGCCGUUCGACGGCAAAGGUCCAACAAUCCACCCGAUGGGACCAGAUGCGCGCGGAAUUCUCACCUACACGUCGGACGGAUACAUGACCGUGAAUGUGAUGCCUACUGCGGGCAACAAGAUCAAGCAGUCGAUUCAUGAUGGGGUGAUGUAUGCGGGUCGGUACUGGAUCGAUAAAAAGCAGCCGGAUGGGAGAGGAGCCGUGAUGUGUCAUGAUGUGCAGAUGGCUUGUCCGGCUGAGUUGGAGGGAACUGUUCUUAAGCGACAGAUCAUGGUAUCGGAGGGUAGGUUGAGGUUGUCGUCAUUGAAGUAUGUGGAUUUAGAGGGUCUGAUGGCGAAGCCGGAGUUGGUGUGGGAGAGGAUUAGUCGACCGUGA